UGUAAAAUAGUUGGCUUCCAUUUUGAUGCCCAUUUAAAUAACCAAAUAAUAUAUACAAUAAAGCAACCAAAAAAUAAAUACACUAAAAGGCAAAAUGAGACACGAGGAGAUCGUCACGAUUGAGCAGCUCAACUAUCGCGUACUCAUUGCAAAGAAAGUUCAUGUGCUACGCGAUCGUUGGAAUGAUCGCUUCGGGUGGUUUCCUGCGGCUCAAAAGGAACACUACAAACAAUAUGCAGAGAUCUAUAAGGAAAGUCUGGCUGAGUACGGUGAAGAACAGUUUAAGAAAUAUGCGAAACAUCGUUCUUUGCGCGCUGUUCACACAGCUGCCAUAGAUGCUCCCAAGUUGGAUAGCUUGAAGAAGUUCUGCUGUUAUCCCAUGACUCAUAUGGCGGAAUAUAGGCCAUCGGUCACCACAAAUGGGGAGUAUGGACUCGUGGUCCCAGGUCAUCAUCAUCGACACUGUUAACAAGUUUAGAAGGCAAUGUUCAGUUAAACUUUUGCCA